CUGCAAGCAUCUUGAGUCACGUGGUGAGCCUUGGGUGUGGUUUAGUCUUACUGCAGUGGUUGUCUCGGCAGAACGCAACAGGUCGUCGGCUUGAGAGUCAACCUAAGUUAUUGGUUUUUAUUGUUUUAGCCAUGGAUUUCAACAAGCCAAGAACCAUUACCCAGACUGUACCUUCUUUGAAGUUAUCUAAUGGAUACAUUCUGCCAGAGGGCAGACUGACCCCCAACGCCCUCUUUGUGGGUGGGAUCGACAUGAAGGUGGAUGAAAAUGAAAUGCGGGACUUCUUUACAAGAUAUGGCAAUGUCAAGGAAGUAAAAAUAAUCACGUACCGUGGAGGGGUUUGCAAAGGGUACGGGUUUGUGUAUUUCAAUGAAGAUGUCAACAUUCAGUCAAUCAUUGAGCAACAGAUCAGUUUUAAAGGGCGGAAACUCAAGCUGGGCCCUGCAAUCAUGAAGCAACGGAGUCCACGAUCCAUACCAUCCCGUCUGGUCGGAUCCGCUCCUUGGAUGAGUCCAAGCCAAUAUAUCUACUGUGCGUGUUGCUCACCAAUGGGAGGAGGGGUUACACAGCCCUCACCCGUCUACAGCGGAGGCAACCCGUAUAACCAGCCGUACUCCUACAGCAGCUUCAGCGGGGUGAUGGUUCCACAGGUGCCGAUGAGCUACGCACAGAACCCCUACCCCUACCAGUACACCCCAGCUCCCUGGACCCCCGACCAAAGGACUCGGCCUGUCAAUCAGAGCUUUGUGGAUUGUGGAGUCCAGACUAUGUUGACUGUGCUGUAGAUGAAAGCUACUGAGCCUUCUGCAAGACGCAGACUGCAGUAGUAGCUUCAACAAGUCAAGAUGUGGACAUGGUGACAUCUUGGCAUUCUGGACGUCUGAAAGCAUCCUGACUCCCCAGAUUGUUUUCAGAACGCCCUCGUCUCUCCUGUCAAAUCUUUUUUCAGAGCCGUUUUAACACCAGACUUCUUGAGCUUUCAACGUAAACCGAACCACUUCGAUCCAAGUCACUUGAACCAAGAUCGGUGAGGUUGACCUGUGGUCGGCUGCUUUUAACUCACAUAGAUCACAGAGACUUUUAUAAAAGAUGAGAAGAGCACAUUUGGUAUACCAGCCGAAACAUGGGAUCACUUUUUUUUUCUUAUUUACAGUCCCAAGCA